AUGGGCAUUUCACCGCGCGGGGUCAACGCGCUCCGUAUACUGUCGCUGAUUGUGCCCCAAUUGCGGUAUGUGGGUCUAGGACGGCGUUCGUCGACCUGCGUGGCACACUUAGCGACGCCCGCGCACGGCCGCGGUGCUUUCACGCCCCACGGGGGGCGGGGGAAGGGCCAGUACACUCACGGACGGCCGAGGGAAACGCCA